CGAACCUAGUGAAGAUGGUCUGCCUGCGGCAAAGUGGAGGGAAGGUCGAAAACUUUCAAAAUACGAUGCGGCGCCUCAAAAAGAUCUGGGACAGAUACAGGAUAGCAGCUACUCCGGUAGGGACAGUACUCUUCCUUGCGAAUCAGGGCUGCAGCAGGCAGGCAGCACGGUCUGGGAGAGGGAGUCGAUGGGACCGGCGCCGACCAGCCAGGUGGACGAAACGACGACGGUCGUGCCUGCCGAGUAUGUGCGGGAGUUGUGUAGCCGCAAUGAACGCCUGAGAGAAGAGGCCGCCCAUCAGAUCCGAAUUCAUCUAGAGGUAAUGGCUCGAGAGAGCAAGGGUGGAGUGGGAAGAGUCGUCGAGGAGGUCUGCGCUCUGCUGUGGAGGCUCAUCACUAGCCGGCAACUCACCAUGCAACUCGGGGCUUUGGAGCUGAUGUGUGCUCUUCUUGUUGGACCCUUUCUUUACUGGGAGAACGACAAGCUUCAGCUCCCGUUCCUUCACCUCGCUUGCGAGGCUCUACGCUACGCUGCGGUUCCUGAUACAAAGGAAGCACCUGGAGGUGCUGACCAUGGCGAUGGAUGCCCUGUAGACUCUCAACAGGAUGGCGCCGGCAAGUCGAUGAAGCGAAAAUUGGAGCCCCUUAUCACAGAGAGCGAGUGCCUUCUCGCUUGGAAGGUUGCGGAAGCUAUAAGUAUCAUUGCAGUUUCAGGCAACACUGGCACGGCUUCCAGGGCAUUUCGCAACUUGCUGAGAGUAUCCUACAUUGGGUGGCUGCGUGGAGGCCAACCAGCGCUGUAUCAGCUCACGGCAGUUCGAAUCAUCGGGCGACUUGCGAGGGGCCGGCCUGACGUUGUCCCUGAGGAUGUCUGGCGCGAGCUGCUCGAGUGCCAGAUCUGGGAAGCCAUUCAUCAUGCACACCAGCCGCGGCUGCGGAAGGCUGGAGUGGAUGCUCUACGCGCGCUACUGAACAGUCACGAUCGUUUCCACUGCAAGGCGCCAGGUGAAAGAGUGAAUCACCGUGAGCGUAAGGGAAGUCCUGCCCAGAGUUGCUUCGAUGCUCUGGACGCCCCGCCUCUCGUCGGGAGUGAAACUCUCGAAUCCUUUCAAAAGUCCGAUCCUCGUUCGCCACAUGCGGGGGCCCACGAGGACAGGCCUUCUGGCAUGAAGCACUUCUGGAAGCAUCUUCUCAAGGGACUUGCCGCACGUAGUGUUGCCUUCAGGACGACACAGAAUGAUGGCACCUCAGCGACGUGCGGUCGUGAAGAGCCAGUGGCAAGAAAGGCUGACAGCUUCAAUGACUUUUCCGUUGCCGCCCCUCUGGAACAAACACAGCCAUACGAUCCCCGUGCACCCGGCCGAGACAGCGGCGGUGUAGAGGGGUGCGACGCGAGGCUCAACCGCAUGAUGCGGGUUCUAGAAGGGUGCCCGUGUGGCUCUGCAUCUUGGAUGUCUCACAGUCUUCGACGGAGGAGCAGGACAUUGGGGAGUCGGGGCGCUUUGGUGUCUUCUUGCUCCAUCUGCAAGGCGGGUGCGCUCCAACAAGGCUCGAUUCUGGCACUGGCGGAGGUGUUUGAAGCGUCCAAGCAAAACGCAGAGAUUCUGGCGGAGGUGCGACGGAACUCUUCGGACGUCAUUCCGCUGCUCCAAGACCUCUUCUACUCUUUUCCCACUCUCGCCCAUCCGAUAAGGUUAGCGCUGGCGCGUAUUCCGCCACUGCUGGCUUGCGUCGGGGACAUUUGGUUUCUCGAACGUGGAGGCCUCGACGUUUCGAUUUCUUGUGUCUUUUCUCUGCUUCGUGAUCACCCGCGUACAUUUGUCUCCACGACAAGCAUCGGCUCGUGGGGCGGCACUGGUGCAGCAGAACCUGAGUCUCUUCACAGCGGAACCGAGUUGACCGAUCCAGAGAGCUCGUCGCAUCGCGAGGCUGCCAAGGAACAGAACCCAGCAUUGCCUACACCGUCUACUUCGGCUCUGGAGGGUCCGACUUUGGCCAUAGUAGCAGACGACGCUCGUGCGUCGGGUUCAAGAGUAGUCCGCACGGACUGCGAAUCCUCUGCGAACUGCUCUCCAGCAGAACCGCCGCUAGAUCAUACGUACAGCACCCAAGUGCCUGAGGCAUUUUUUGAGAAGAAGGAGACAAAGCUGGGCGGAGAAGCAGGGCCCUUGGCUGGUCCUGAAACAGAUACAGCAGGCAGACCUAUGCCGUCCACGCGGGGUGCAGGCCGGGGUUCUUCGGACUUAGGAGAUGACAAUGGUACAGAAAAAGACAAUUCCGACUGCCAUCCAGGCCGUGCACAUUCAAAGCCAGCAUGGGAUGGCACAGGCAACAUCGAGAAACAGCCGUCGCAGCAACGGAACUCCCUUGCUUCUUCCGGAGAAAAGGGACGCAGCACAGGCCCUGUACACGAGUCCUGCUCAGCCGGUUCGCGCUCGCGAGGCUGCACGACGCAUGAAACUAAACGCGUCAAAAAUGAUGAGAGCUGUCACUAUAACAACGGCGUUGCGGCCGUUAAGUGCCAGGCAGCCGAGGUGUGUGCGGCGUUCAACUGUUUAGCCGAGCUUGCACUGCAGCUUCCGGAGGCGAUGGAAACGCGAGUGUAUUGUUUCAUUCCUGCUUUUCUACGCGCCAUUGAGCUUAACCUCAUCGUAUUCCCGAGAGCUCAGCACUUCGCGGGAGAUGCGGGAGCGGUCAGACGAGUGGAGUGGUCCGAAAAAGAAUUUAGUGACGACAGCUUACAGGGUGAAGGGCCCCCUGCAUGCCAACGUGUCUCACCCAGGUGUGAUGUGACAGGGGAUAAGAGUGUGUGCCAUGAGGAAGACAAGCUGGGCUCGGUGUCUGGACAGGACGCGUCAGUGUCUCCUCGCGUGGGGAUUUCGAAGACAGCUGCUUGGCCGUUGCAUGACGCUGCUUCUGGAAAGGAAACACGUCAACACAACAUGCCAUCCCCGUGGGAGCGCAACAUCGACAUGCCGGGAUCUGCACAACCCUUCUCAUUUCUUGACGAUCCAUUGUGCCAGCACUGCGAACAGGUGCAGAAGGAACGCAUGGACGCGACUCACAAGAUCGUGCAGCAUGUAGCGCUCCAGUGCGUCUCGAAACUGAUUCGGGCUUUCGGGGGCCACAUGAAGAGCCGUCUGGAUUGUCUACUGCAGUCAAUGUUCUCCGGCGGCAUCAACCGAAGUCUUUUGGAGGCGCUGCAACAUCUCGUUGACUGCCCGCCCAUUCACCGUGCGGUUCAGGAACUGUUUCUCGCGCAUAUCCAAGCAGGCAUAGGCUCCUCGGAAAAAACACCCAGUCGUCAUCAACCACCCUAUUUUGACUCUCGCUCACAAGACAUGCCUUCUACAGAGCCCCCUUUCAUUAGAAAAAAAGUUGUUGCGAUCCCGUUGGAGGAAAGUCAACUCAGCGGUGACUCGGGACAGUCGGCUUCUCUGUUUGCUGAUGAAGCGGCGCCUCCGAGUCAUGUGGAAAACGAGCUUGAGCGGCCCAAUUCAGCCUCUGUAUGCGCCCGGUGUGGGUCCCAGAUCGCCCCAGCCACUCCAGACGAAGAAGGGGGGGUCUCUGACUCGGUGAGGGUUGACGGCAUUAACGCCAUCGAGACAAUGCUGCUGGCUAUGCAGGGAGCUUUCUGGUUCGGAGUGGAUGAUUUUCAGGUAAGACUGCUUGUGGCAGAAUGCGUGAUGCAGAUCACGCGACACCCUCAGGCUCCCGUCAGGGCUGCAGCCGUCUGGACGGUUUGCCGUCUUCUCCUCUCGCCUUCCAAAGUCUUCGAUGAGACGCGCGGCGCGUCUCACGGGCAGACACAGAGCCGACAUGUGCCCAGCUCCACGGAAUCCUACUCCGCGAAAACACACACGGCCGAUGACAGAAACUGGUACCACGGCAUGUACAGUUCUCGCCACCAAUCCUUUCACGCGUCACACGGGGAGGUCAGUAACGCCAGAGGGGCGCUAAGCCGUUAUGACGCGGACUCAGACACCUGCCCUCGAGGAACUGGCGCUUCUCACGACAGACUCAGGCCCUUGGCAGGCAUUCCGGAAGACGCACAUCGCUGCGGUGGAUUCUUCGCCUCUGAACACCCUGCAGAUCCUACGCGCGGUCUUGGCAGGCUUGACGGUCCCUAUAUGGCAAACGAAAUGCAUGCGCAAGACUUGCAGAACAGACAGUCACACAGCGCAGGUGUGAAAGCCGGAAGGGUCUUCGAGACUCCUUACGCGGCUGGCCCUACGACAAACACCGAUUCGGAACUUCCAGGAGGCGACGCGAGUGCUGCAGCAUUUGUGGAAGACGCGGGAGAGCUACUCGGGGACUCGCAACUCCCGGGCGACCGGUGCAACAGCAGGGAGUGGCACGCCGAGCUGGCCCGAGUAGAACGGACCCGGCUUUGGUGGGAACAGGAGCAGACGCCGCAGAUGCUGUUUCUCCAGAGGCAGCGGAUCUUGUUAAUUCUGCAUUCGCUCUUCCCCCAAGUGUCAACUGAUGUGUCUCUUGAAGUCCGAAUAGCUGCCGUCCGCGCUCUCGACGAGGCUGGCGAUAUCGCCCCGCCGCUCAUGCGACACUCCGUUGUCCUCGUGGAGUCGCUCCUGACUUUCUGUCUUGAUGAAGACAUCAUGGUCCGCCGAAGAGCAGUCAAAGUUCUCUGCAGGCUGUCGCGUCUGGAGCAAGCUAUUCUGUCAGUUCGUGGUUUGACAGGCCUCGCAGUGAACUACAUGAGCCAGAUCGUGCUGUCGUCGGCUCGCCGGCCUUUCUGCCGCGAAGCAGUGCCCCACGUUGCCGAACUGUUGGCGUUGCUCUGCGUCUCUGCCCGUUCACUUCUCGCGGCGUUCAUUCGCCCGGCCGUUGAGUUGAUCGUGGCGCACCUUAGGCGAGCGGUCUUCGGCGACUCGGAGAGUGACACAGUCCAAGUCGUGCCCGAAGAUGAACAGGAUGAACACGCGAACUCUUCCUUCUCCGUUUACUAUCCUAUGGCCCAGCAUUUGGCGAAUCCUCGCAGAGGGGACGCGAGCGACACAGAGACUCUCCACGAGACGCGGGACCCUGCCGACUCGGCGGGAACACCUUAUGACCUUCGCGAGGUCGGCGGCGUCCCGAAAGGCGCCCACACGGGUGAGAGAAGACCGUCGUCUGCGCUCUUUGCUGAGAAGUUGAGUGCGCUCGACGAGGACGAUGGCGGGGACGACUGGGGACUAAGAGACCUCACGAGAGAAAUCUCUGGAGAGAAACCAGAGUUUUUUCCCCCACUGAAUGGCGAUGGCACAGCCAGUGCCUCGGCGCCGCACUUGCAGCCCUCCCGCCAUCGGGGAGAGUCGUUUUCUGACGAGGCUAUAAACAAAGACUGCAAGAAACAACGUUGCACGGAUGAAUGCCUAGGUUGCGGCAGCACACAUCGGGGGCACCUUCAGGUCCUUCUCGAGACCCUCGAGAAGUUCUGCUCCGUUGCGGAUCGGCAACUACUUGAAGAAAUCUUGGAACAAGUUCUGCCCAUGCUGUUAGUGGUUAUUGCGAGACCAAGUGAAGACGGCCAGUGCUCCGCCGGUGUCUCCCUGCUGGUUGCCUUGAUUCGGCAAACUGGCAAUUGCACCCUGACGCCUGGCCAUCGUCGCAUGCUCCUGCGUAGCUUUAUCCGAGUGCUCGUCCCGCUGCUUCGACAGAGAGAACGACAGCUGAAGCUGCAAGUGAUGCGUGCAGUUGGCACUUUGGGUGCGAUUGCACCCGAAAUCUACGACGCUGACGAUGGCACCCCGACAUCCCAUCUUCUGUGGCACCGAGGGGCAGCCCCGGAGGACCAGGACGGCGCCCACGCCAUCACAGAUGUUGCAGAACGCAGCUCCUGGGGGGAUCCAGGAAGGGAGGCUGGUGUGCGUGUCCCGUGGGGAGAGAAGACACUCGCCGAGAAACACACCGAUUUACGAUGGGCCAGAUUUGGAAAGCUGGAUAUGACCGGCGUGGACGACAGAGACGAAUCAGGGAUGGCAACCAUGCAUGCCAAGGCGUCUGUGGGUGAAAUCCUUUGCUCCUCAAGACCGACUCGCGAGGGCAGACACGGACACAGGGCCUUACCGAAAUUCCGGACGACGUGCGGGCCCACUGUUGACGACCCGCUGGUGGGCGAGCAGUUCAAUAGCGAGGACAACUUCGGAUGCGGUUCGAGGAGGGACUCUACCAUCAAAAACCAACUACGUCUCGACGAUGGUGAAACCCGCGGCGGGAUCCAUGGGCGAGACGUCUUCUGGCUAACGCGGCGCUGUCUGACAGUACUGAUGAGCGUGACCCAGGUCCCUGGUCUUUCCAAUCUCCACUUUACAGCCUUCGUUGCGAUGGCUCGCAUCGUACGUUCGUAUUUGGCGCCGCAAGCGGCCACCGGCUUCUCAGGCGGCCUCUUGCCGGAGAGCUCGCGACAGGAGAUGCUGGACCAAGGCGUAUGCGGCGAUUACUUCGCGAUGCCUCGAGACGCUGUGUCGCAGCGUGGGAGCUGGAACCAGAUCCUAGGAGGAGAGACUGGAUCCGAAUUGGCGUCACAGGCCCUGGCCUCGAUCCUGCCUCAGUUCCUCCAAACAGCGGCCUCUCUCUUAACUGCGUCAGGCUCGACAGGCGAACAGCGUUUGGCGAUCUUAGCUACUCUAGGGCAGAGCCCGUCGUUGUAUAAACAUACUCCAUGUCCGGAGUCGCUCGCGUUUCUCGAUGUGUUGUCCGACCUGUUGGAUCAACGUCUGGCGGAGCUGAAGGUGCAGUGUCAGCACCUGCCCCACACGCGCGCGAAGGUGCCUGGAAGCCCUGGCCAGCAAUCCGUUUUUGCUGGGCUGUCAACAAAUGAGCCACUCGGCGACCCUAGACCGGAGACGACGUCGCGCAAAUCAUCGCGUGAAGUUGUGGAAACGUUCGCUCGCGCUUCUCGAGGCGGCGUCUCAGGGACAGACACUUCUGGGUUCUCCUCACCUGCAGUUUCAGUUCCGCGGCGAACAUCGCUGCUGGAUAUGCCAGUUAGUCUGCCAGCGCCGAUGCGUCGUGGCCGGGCCGAGGGGAUUGCUGCAGCUUUCUCGAGACGUGCGUGGGAUGCCGUCUGUGGGCAGGCGCCGGAGAAAGCGAGAGGGAUUAUUCGAGGCGCCUGGAAUGCGCCGCUGAUGAACUCUGGUCCGUCGAGCGAAAGCGAUUCCUCGGCGUCCGAUUCGUCUCUAUGCGACGAGAGCGGAGACUUGGAUAGCACCUCAGACGAGUUGGACCUUACGGACCCGUAUGCGGAGGUGCCGGUUGAGUUCGAACCAGUCAGAUGGGACUGGUGGCCUCCGGACACGUCCAGUGAAGUUGAAAAAGAGAUUUGGAUCCUUCUGCCUCUUCUGGAGAUCUUUUUGAUGAAACUCCCUGGCCGCAUCACGCACUACAGCAGCCGAGCCGCCCGGCAGCUGCAGGAACUUUUGCAUAUUCGGCGAUGCUGUCCACACACGGCGCUUGCGGAGCGGGCACUCCAGACUCUCGAGCGAUGCGCCUUGAUCUUGCGGCCCACAGUCGGCCACCAAAUCCUGUUUCUUGCUCAGCUGUGUACGGUGCCAUCGAUGUCUCCGUCGUCCUUUCUCGUUUCUGGCGAACCCGCCGCGAUGACUCACCGUAUCGCGGAGCUGUGCUGUGAAGAGCAAGGCAGAGUCGUGCGCCGUUUUGACUGGUGGCUCAUCAAUGAACAGAAAUGCGAGCCCGCGGCAGGGCCUCUCCGAUGCAGGUGCUGCUGCUGUUCAGCCGCGCCUCUCCAGCUCCGCUUGGCUCUUUUAAAAACACUGGAAGCACUCAUGGCUCACUGCGGCUUCCCUCUUCUCCUCGGAGGCACCAUGUGCCGCCUCAUGAGCAUUCUGGAGUGCGCCGACGACGAGGGCGUUCCGACCGAGCUGCGAGAGCAGGUCCUCUCUGUGGUAGAGACGAUAGGGUACCUCUUUCCCAAAGAAGCCGAGGUGUACGUCCGCCAGCUUCAAAAGGCGAUUGUGGCUUCCGGAAAGCCGUACCUCCCCGACGGCAGCUUCGUGGGGACACAACCUACUCCUUCGCUACCUGCGUCUCCGUCUUCGAUGGACUAUCAGGCUUCGCCUGCGUUCCAGCCGGCAGCUCCCCAGUCAGCAGUGCCUGAGAGUCCUGCUUGGAUCCAAGCGUCCCGGGGCGAGUUGGUGCCGCCAGGGACACGCAAAGGGACUGACGGGGCCGACUACCGCUCCAGUUCUGCCUCCCCGGAUCCCAGAAGGGCCUCUGACGACGCGCAUCAGCGCCCUGCUGGUCAGGUUGUGGAGGCACCGAUCCGCAUUCUAGGGGUGCCGGAAGCGUCCAGUCCCACACGGCACCCAGCGCGGCUUGCGUGGGCGAUGGGAGGCUCGGAAACUCAGCAUCCGCUCGUGGACGACAGUGAGUCAGAUGACAGUGAAUCUCCUUUCGAAGGGCACCGCUCGGAGGCGGAGCCUUUCCUGCAAAACCGAGGACGGGCCUCACAGAGACAAGCAGGCGUCCGUCGGGAGGGCAGCCUUCAGAGCGCGUGGGCGCGGGCGCAUCCCACAUUUUCCACCCUCCACGCGGUCCAGGAGAUGUCGGAGAUCGAGGAGAGGCUAGGCGACAGCGAGUGCGAAAGAGAUGCUGAUGCACCCUCAGAAAAACGGGCAUGCGAGGAACCACAUGAAGAUGACCAAUGCUCGCACAAAGAGAAGCCAACGGAUGGGCGGGAAAAGAGGACACGACAAAAGAGGUACAAGAAACACGCAAGCCGGAGGAGGAUCGAAGCACUACACUCGCGGACGAGCGCGACAGCCCACGAACUCUGGGCAAACUGCGACUUCAAAAAUAAGAGGGAACUGCACUGUUGGUUUCGGAAUGUCUCGUUGGCGAUGCUGAGGGAGUGCCGCGCCCCAGUCGUGCGGGCUUGUCUCCCAGUCGCCCUCCAGGACCCCAGCAUCGCUGCGUCGCUGCUCUCUGCAGUUUUCCUUACCUACUGGGCCUCGUGUUGCAGCAAGGGUGCUCUCAGUCAGAUGUACCAAGUGGGGCGCGGUUUGCGAAGUGUUCUUCUCUGCCCCGACGUCACGCUCGCCUCUCUUCGGCGAGUGCUGAAUCUCGUGGAAACGAUUGAGCAGCAGCGCUGGCCGUUACCUGUGGACACACAACUACUCGCUGCAGUCGCCGAAAAGUGCCAGGCGAAUGCAAAAGCGAUUCGAUAUCGGGAGGAGCUUUGGCUAGCCGACCCAGGAGGCUCGGUCGAAGCGCUGAUCCGUCUGAGUCACGAGACACAGCAGCUGGAGGCCGCCCGCGGCAUCCUGGCGCAUGCACAGAAGAAACUGCGCUUGCCGGUGAAGGAGUGCUGGUACGUCCAGCUGGGAGAGUGGGAGCAGGCCCUGGAGGCCUACGAGCAACGAGAGCGAGAAGACCCAAGCAACGCCGAAUGGUUGAAAGGCAAAAUGCGGUGCCUGCGCGCUCUCGGCGAGUGGGAACGACUGGCUUUUCUGGCUGACGACCUGUGGAAAGACGACCUCGCUCAGUUCUCUCCUCCCGGUGGCACCAACUAUACCUCGCUGCGCUCCAGCUCCGAUGUGUCGAGCGUGCAAUUGCCUUCUGCCUUGGCUUCCUCGCGAGCCUCGUGCUUCGCUGCUUCUCCAGGGGGCUCCCCUGCAACCCACUUGCACCCUGCGGACCCCUAUGCGCAGCCGACCCCCGGAUCGCAGGCGUUACCUUUACAGGCGUACUUGAGAGAGUCGCCAUACGAAGGGCCUUCGGGCCAGAGUGUCCGCGCGUCGCCCCUGUCGGAACCGUCUCCGGGUCGCCCCACACAGCCGCCCCAAGCAGACGCGAGGGAGGACAGGCGGCCACAGAACCUGCAGAGCCAAGUGGCGGAAAGGCGCCGAGAGACAGCCAGCCUGGCUGCAUCAGUUGCCUUCCAUUUCCGCGACUGGGCAGCACUCGAACGCUAUGUCCAGUGGUUCCCGGCUACGGAUUCGUGUGAACAUGCGUUCUACAUGGCCGUUCUGCGUGUCCAUCGCGGUGAGUUUGAGGCCGCGCUGGAGGAGAUUCAGCGUGCGCGGCAGCUUCUCGACCCGGAGCUGACCGCGCUGCUCGGAGAGUCCUACAAGCGAGCGUAUCCAGCUUUGGUAACUUUGCAGCAGCUGGCGGAACUCGAGGAGAUCGUCGAACUGCUUCAGCGCCAGCGAGACAGACGUGAAGAAGGGCAGCAACCACCCGUCGCCGAGUGCACUGGCAGCCAGAGCUAUUCAGCAAUUCACACGCACGACUUUUCAGCGUCGAUGAACUACUCAGAGCCGGAGACCAGCAGAGGCAGGCGCCUGUCGGAUGCUUGGAAAGGUUUCCAGAUUUCUAGGUCUCUUCGCAGGGGCCAGCGCGACAGCGAUUCACUUGGCCGGCCUGAGGACGCCGGUGAACAGCGAGGGCCUCUAGGGCGCUCUGGCGCGUGGCAGCAAGGCCCCCGAAGCAGCGACAGUUCGCGACAGCGGUAUUCGGCCGGCGAGCAAGAGGAUGACAUCGGUGAAGAAGGCACAGCCUCAGAGCAGUUGCGACACCUGUGGCGCACCCGCCUCGCGACCUGCGAGUCCAAUGCCGAAAUCUGGCAGAAGCUGCUCCGGGUCCGUUCGCUCAUCAUGUCACCACACGAAGACGCGACGACGUGGCUGCGGUUCUCUUCGCUUUGUCGGCAGCAGCACCACGCGCGUCUGGCUGUGGAAAUUAUCCAGUGUCUGCGGGACCAUCCGCACUCGCGCCACGACCCUCGAGUGGUUCUGGAGUCUUUCAAGGUGCUUCACGCGGUUGGGCGCAAGCUGGAGGCGCAACUGCUUCUCACGAGUUUCUGCUGUCAGUUCGUCACGACUUUCUUCAACGACAUGCCGGAGCAGCUUCUCUGCGCUCAGGACUCGGCCGUGCCUCUGUGCGUGAGAGCGGCGAACCUGCUCGAGUUUCGUGCAGUGCCGUCGAAGGUUCGCGGCCUUCGCGUUGCGGGUCUGAGCACGACGCCCGCUUUCUCUGAAGGUUUUGUUGACUCGGACGUUUGCCUGCCGUCGCUGACCCCCCGAAGCGAGCAACUUUUGCGCGCGACGGGCCAGUUCGAGUUGGACAGGAACACGAUCUCCGCUCUGGGCCGUCGCGAGGUGUACAGGCGGUUUUUGGCCGACGUGAAGAAGACGCUUCAGCGCCAGAAGGACCUAAAGCGCCUGCUCCCGCCGGAACUUGUGGUCGUGAAGCUCAUGGAAGAGUUGGAAGAAAGAAGCGCACCGGGGUGCGCAGAAUCCAAGGUCCCGCUGGGCGCCAAAGACCCUCUUGGAGCCUUUUCUCGACGCCAAGACACCGACCCUGUCUGGGAUCGCCUGGCGCGCGGUGAGCGCCUCUUGAAGCCGACUGACGAGCAGCCUCUCCCUGGCGUGCUGUUCAUGGAGGAAUCGACCACGAUGUGGAGGAGAGAGAUCUUCCGAGAUGGCAGCUGGUACCUCUCUCUGAAUCUGUGCAACCAGGCGGUCCACGGCGGCCUCAAACAGUGGAAUCUCGGUUCUGCCGCAGGGUUGACCAAGGAGGAGGGCCUACGCCUUCUUUCGCGCAGCCUCUUACGUCUAGCCCAGUGGACGAAGGACACCUACAACGCUGGCCAAGGCGCGCCGUUCUUGUUGCACGACGUUCACUUCCACUCUCGGCGGAAAUCGGGUUACUCCAGCAGCUGCGCAGAUAGCUCGCGUCCACGCCUCCGAUCGGGGACUUCUGCGUGGAAGCCCGAGGUGUUUCAUGGCCCCGUACAUGUGCAUGCGUCGUGGGCGUGCAAUCCCGACGCUCUCUUUCAGAUUCUCCACUGGCAGCGGCGAGGGGUAUUGUUUCAGAGCCGGAACUCCAAGGCCUGGUCUGCAUGGGCUCUGACAAAUUUCCAGGUUGCAGAGGCGCUGAAGAACGUCGUCGCGAACGAAGCGUUCCCCGUCUCGAAGAGCGGGCAAUCGUCCUUCGCCUCUUCGUCGAGGAACUCGCACGCGAGAGGUGCCCGCGUCUCAGCUCGAUCCGAGCCUCCAGAACUCACCGACUCGGGAUCUUUUCAGGAGGGUGGAUCUGGAAGCCGCGACUUCGCGCGCGAGGGGCGCUGGGGGAGAGAAGAAGAUGAUUCAGUUCAUCAGAGCUUACAUCUCGACUCUUCUUCUUUCGCGUCUCACACGAAGCGGACUAACUCACUUGGUAGCUUCUGCUGCGACAACCGAUCUGGCCCAGACGACGGGCACCACCGCCGCCAGGCUCGGGGCUCAGGAGAGAGCCACUACGCAGACAGUGCGGUGUUGCUGCAGCAGCCGCCACUGCUUCCCAAAGCCUUGAUCGACAUGUACGACCCCUGGGAGCCCUUUACUGCAGACUCGCCGGAGAACGAAAACCAUGGCAAGCCCACGAAUUCGAGUGCAGAGAUGUCGAACCUCCACGGUGACACCCGAGGAAAGGGAGAGGCGCUUGCUGGGAACCGUGGAAAGGAGGCCAAUCGCGGGGCACCAAGACACCGUGGGGGGGACGGGCGGCAAGCCCGUCCAGAGCGACUGGCGGAGAACCCAGAGGAGACACGAGAUGUGGAUUUCUGCUCACCCCAGGAAGCAGACAGCAGCCGAGAAACUUUCAGGGGACCGGCAGUGGGAAGCUCUGCGGCUGACGAACGCAACGAGGAAGAAAAAGAGGUUCUGCUGCUCACCACCAUGCUCCCGCACUUCAUUGUGGAAGCGGUGCGCGCCUUCCUACGGUCCAUCGAACUCCGCCCUUCCACUUCGAGCCUCCAGGACAUCCUGAGACUCAUCAAACUUUGGUUUGUGCAUGCGGACAUCCCCGUCAUCUGCCCCUUGGUCCAGCACGGCGUGAGCACGAUCCCUUUAGCGACGUGGCUGGACGUAAUUCCGCAGCUCGUGGGGCGCCUGAUCACGCCGGAUUCGUGCCUGCGAGGCUCGGUGAUGAAUCUUCUCAGCAAAGCAGCUGUCCAGUUUCCUCAGGAGCUGAUCUUUCCAUUGGCCGUGGCAAGCAAGAGUGCGACGCCACAUCUCUCUUCGUCCGCAUGCGUCCUGUUGAACAUCAUGGCUCGCGACCACCGUGAACUUGUCCAGCAUGCGUUGCUGGUUAGCGAAGAAGUCGUCCGGGUUUCGGCCCUCUGGGAGGAGCGAUGGCUGCGGUGUCUCGAGCAGGCGAGCGAGGCGCACCACACACGGAGCGAUUAUCGAAAAGCCGUGGCGCUGCUGGAGCCCAUGCACGAAGAACUGUGCAGGGGUCCCCAAACUUUCAGAGAAACACUGUUCCUGCAAAAGUACGGGCGGGAGUUGGAAAACGCGUACACGUACCUCAAGCGUUUCAGGAGAAGCGGCAACCGCUACGACGUGGACCAGUGCUGGAUGUUUUACUUGCCGGUUUUCACGCGACUGCUCAAAGAUACGCAGAACUUGAAGCGUCUGGAUCUCAAAGAAGUCUCUUCCGCUUUGUCUGAAGUGAAAGACCUGAAAGUCGCGGUGCCUGGCUGCAUUGGAGUCAACGGCAACUAUCCGUUGAUUCGAUCUUUCCUCGGAGAUGUUUCCGUUUUCACGUCAAAGCAACGACCUCGAAAGAUCGGAAUUAUGGGAAGCGACGGGCGUGUCUGGAACUUUCUUCUAAAGGGCCAGGAUGACCUGACACAAGACGAGAGAAUCAUGCAGGCUCUUCGCUUGAUCAAUCACCUGAUGGAGAGCAACGCGGACGCGCGGCGGAAGGAGCUGUCCAUUCCGCUCUACAGCAUCGUUCCACUGUCACCCACUGCAGGUCUCAUUGGCUGGCUGCAAAACACCGAAACGAUGCUCACGUCGAUUAAGGCCUUCCGACAGGGUGAAGGCAUCCCUGUCAAUCAUGAGCAGCUCAUCUUGAACAUGCUCUAUCACAAAUACGAGUCUCUGACGCUUCUUCAGAAGGUGGACCUCUUCGAGCAAACAUCGGCUGCGACGAGUGCGCAGGCGCUGCGGAGGGUUCUGUGGCUGCGGGCACGAAACAGCGAGGAGUGGCUGCUUCACCGAGCGAACUUUUGCAAGAGCGUUGCGGUCAUGUCUAUGGUAGGGUAUAUCCUGGGGCUUGGAGACCGGCACCCGUCGAACCUGCUUCUCAUGGGAGAAUCUGGGCGCGUUGCCCACAUCGACUUCAGCGAUUGCUUCGAGGUCGCCGCGUACAGGCCACGCUGCCCGGAAAAGGUCCCCUUUCGGUUAACGCGCAUGAUUGUCUGCGCUUUGGAGAGUGGGACUGUCGAGGGAACAUUCCGGGCAACCUGCGAGCAAGUUAUGUCUCUUCUACGUGUGAACCAAGACGCGAUUGUUGCGAUGCUCGAGGCAGCGUUUGUCGGGGACGUCUCAACAGCCCGUCGCCUACACCAAAUUUUUGGAUCGCAUGCACAGCGGAAAUUGCAGGCCAAGCGCGCUGUGUCCGGGCCGUCUCGAUUCGAUCCCAGCUCGAUAGAAGCCAGACAACGGUACGCCAACGGAGAGAGACCUUUCCCACAGACUUUCAGGAGGCCCUUCGAGCAUCAGUUCAGACGGGGAGACAGCGCCCGGGAGCUCCAAUCGCAAGGUAGCGCUUGGAAGCGACAGGCAGAAAGUGAUGAAAAAGCAUUUGAUCCCAACACUUCCGGCCUUGUGACAUUGAGUGAAGGAGAAGCAAACAAUGUGAGAUAUCGGCGAAGAAACAUGCAGCACUUUCGGCGUGGCCAGCGUGGCGUGGGCGUGAGCGAGGACGAGUUCUUGGACAACGAAACCGGAUCCGAACACAGCACGGACGAAGCGUUGAGUGGCAUGGAAGGCAUCCAGCGACUCCAGACCUACACGAAACGGGUGAUCGCGCGCGUAGAGGCCAAGCUCACCGGCUACGACUUCGAAGAAUAUAUGGACGUUCCGGCUCAAGUAGACAGCCUCAUCGAGGAAGCGAACGGAGUGGAGAACCUGUGUGUGGCCUACGCCGGCUGGUGCCCGUUUUGGUGAGAGUAGUUUCCCUUUCCUGGCCUCCUGGACAUGCACCAGAUUGAUCGGGGGUCCACGAUACUACGUUCAGUCUUACAAGGUGUACGAGUUGGAGGUACACGAAACAUCGAGACACGAUCAACUACAUACAGGGACAUGAUAGAAUCCCUGUGUUUUUCUUUUGUAAUGGUUUGGCACUUGCCUGAAGAAUGAACUCGAAGGGAGGCGAGAUUGGGGAUUGCUUCUUGUUCGUGAGGAGAGAGGCAGUGAUCCUCUGCCGAAAGACCUGCCUUAAACAAUGGCGUGAUCCGCCAGCCUUUGUUCAUGGGAAGUUGUUUUCUCGCCUCGAUAAUAUCGAUGCAGACAUGCUCAUGCAUGUGCCUAUCUGUACUUGCAACAUAAAGUUGCAUGUUCUCAUAAAAUUGUAGAUUGGUACGUGGAAGUAUAGUGAAAAAGAAUUGAAUUCCCAAACACUACUCUCCCCUUUAUAGGGGCUCCUGCUUUGUUUUUUUGUGCCAUGCGGAGAGAUUCACUCCGCUUAGGGCGUUGUUUUCUGUUUCAGAACAGCACCGUUUAUGCAGCCUUAUCCAGCGCCGUCGGUCAGUUCUUAUUUCUUGUCAAUACUUUUGUCCCGUGCUGGGGGGACGGGGGGGCUGUGCAUUCAGCCGCAAGCAAAGACUAGCGACACUGCUCUGCGUAUUCAAUUUUCUCCGAAG